GGCGAUGCAACCCGGAAAAGAAAGGACAGCGCUGGCUGCAGGGGAGCCUUUAGACUGGGACCAGUCUGAAAAUGGCUGCAGCUGGAGGUGACAAGCCCCUCGCCGAGGCCAGCCCGAGCCCUUUAUCUCGCGUGCUGAGAAUCAGUCAGCUGGACGCUUUUGAACUGGAUGGCGCCCUGGAACAGCUCGUUUGGUCACAGUUCGCCCGAUGUUUCCAGCACUUCAAGCCGGGCCUCUUGACCCCCGCCGAGCCGGAGCUCAAAGCCCUCCUCCAGCUCCUCCUAUGGAGGUUCACGGUCUACUCUAACAGCGCCACCGUGGGGCAGACCCUGCUGAACGUGCGCUACCGGAAUGCGCUGAUCCCCGGCCAGAAGUACAGGCCCAUGAGCCGGCAACAGAAGCUGUGGUUUGCCUUGCUGACGGUCGGGAGCAAGUGGCUCAGGGAGCGCUCCCACAGCCUGUUUCUCCUGGGUCGUCCUGCGGAUGCCGGCAUCCAGAAAGCCCGGGGGACUCUGGCUGUCCUCAGUGGCCUGGCCAAAGCAGCCAGCCUGUUCAACUUCCUGCUCUUCCUCCAGAACGGCACCUUCCCCACGCUGACAGAGAGGCUUCUGGGGGUGCAGCCGGUCUUCAGCCGGCCUCAGGGGCCCCGGGACAUCAACUUCCAAUACGUGAACCGCGAGCUGCUCUGGCACGGGUUUGCGGAGUUCCUUAUCUUCCUGCUGCCACUGGUCAACACGUGGAAGCUGAAAUCCAGCCUUUCUGCACUCUUCUCCCUGUCAGAUAAGACGAAAGGUAGCGCGGACGCGGAGACGGCUGGCCGCACUGAGUGCGCCAUUUGCGAAGAGUGGCCCACCAUGCCCCACUCCAUAGGAUGCACCCACGUCUUCUGCUACUACUGCAUCAAAAGCCACACCAUGGCUGACAUCUUCUUCACAUGCCCCAAAUGCAGCGCAGAAUCUACAAGCAUACAGCCAGUCAAGCUACAGAUAGAACUGACUGAAAUGCAUCCAAGCUGACUUUGAAAACAUGCUCAUCCCACAAACAGGGCUGAUUGAUUGGGCUUUCUGUCAGCAGUACAAAUGCGAGUUUCUGUUUGAACACUGGGGGGUUAUCACAGAGAUUGGCUGAUGAAAGAAAGUGCCUCGUGCCUUUGCCGAAAUGAGAGUAUUUGUCGCCAUGAAAUAUGCAAGAAUUCGUACAAAGACCGACUGGAGACAAACUUAAUGAUGUUUAAUUCUAAAUCAACAUUAUUCACAUUGCUAAUUAAUUCCUCUUCAUGAAAGUUUGAUGCAGAGCAGGAUAUCAGAGGUCCACUUUUCUGCAUUCUUAGAUAGAUACAGCGCAGUGCAAAUGAAUAAACAUCAAAACAACUCACUGCUCAAACUGCCUGCACGUUCCAAUUCCCCCCUCCCUUAUGAAGUGCGAAAUUUGCACAAGAUCAAGGAGAGGCCAUGAUAGAAGUAAGGGGUGAGGGUGGGCUGCCAGUGAGUUCACGUAGAUUGACAGACAUCCUAUCCUAAUCUCCUUGGUCCUUCUUAAGACGGCGGUAAACUGUAACAAACCCGAGUAGGACUGUGCAAGUUUUAGGCAUAUAAUGCACUAAUCCUAAUAAUAACUGCAAAGAUGGUUAUUUAUUCUGGCGUUAACCUUCUCCAAUGAGCCGUGCCUCAGGCAAAAUGCACCCGAGUGGGCUCAGGCCUACUGGAAAGUCCCACCUUUUUUUGAUCGUGUGCCCUUAAUUGCUGAUUGCGGAGGCAAUCAAUCACAUCUCCGGGCUGUGAUGGGCCCCGUUGGUUUGCUAGGAUUUUUUUUUUUUUUUUUUCAUUAUUUGGUAAUCGCUCUGCUGAAGUUUUCCGAUGAAGAGAGUCUGAGAGCUGGGAGUGUUCUCAUGUGGCUCCAGCUCAGGUUUUGUCGAUGAGUAAAUGUUCUAGUACAGUCACACUGUAUCAGUCGACUACUGUUAUGAUUGCCCCCAGAUGAUAAUCAUUCAGAUUCAGAUUUAAAGGCAUCAUUGCUGAUACUUAAUAUAUAGUCUGCUGAUAUUUACACAUCUAGCAUAUGCCCCAAUAUAUAGCCACCGCCCACCCCAACACAAUAUCUGUCUUUACAGGAGGUUUGUCAAAGUAAUGAACAUUGCCUUUAGGAUGCUCUUUUAAUGCAUACAAAGAUUAGGCUGUAAUGCACUCAGUGCUGAGCACAUUACACUAAUGUACGUUUAUGUGGCCGCGAUGUGUACAGAUUACUGUAAUUCAGCACUCAUAAGAUGAAUCGCAAAUAUCUUUGACAUUUCAUUUUCUUUUCGGCGCACACAAGCAGGUUAACUUUCAUUUUGGCUCAUGGUGGUUAUAUAACGGCUGAUUACACAAUACUGGAUCUUUAAAGUUAGAUAAGUGUGUGUGUGCAUGUGUGGGCUGCUGAGGAUGACUGUAGAUGACUGUAGAAACAGUGAGUAAGGCAUGAGGGCCUUUUUCCUCACUGAUGGCAUUCCAUCCCUCUAUUCAGAGAGAAGGCACCAACUAACACGUGGCAAAGUGUACAUGCCUUAAAUGUGUUUUUAGUCACCUUUGUGCACUCACAUAGAAGCAUCAUUUGUGAAUUUUGACAGUGUUUGGACUGAUAUUUUCACCUUGAAUUCACACCUGCAUUAUUUUUCUUACCCUCUAGGUGCAUGGAAAUCUCAUUUUAAGGCAUUUAAAUAACUCACAGCGAGAGCUAGCGAGGCUAAAGUGCAGUCUGUGCACAGUGUUAACACUAUGUAGCACCUGAGCUUCCCAAAGUAAACAAUGAGAGAAGUCGAUGUUUUACAGAUUCAAUUUCAAAACUGAUCAUUUUUAUGCACAAGUUUAUCAGAAAUGCACUGUACCUGUAUAAUGUGAAUAAAACAUAUUUCACUUUUGA